AUGCGAGAAUUGAGUAUAAUAGAAUAUUGCUGGAGUGAUGAUGAUGUGAAAAACCUUCUCGACAUUAUCCUGGAACAUAAGGGUGUCGAGACGGUGUUUGACCUACCAGCUGAAGAUGUGGCUGAUUUGGGAUUGUGGACAGAAUCUGAGGCAGUCAAAACCCAGGAGAGUAUGAUAUCAGAUAGCACGGAUGCAGAUGUGCUUCAUGAAUAUGUGCGGUUGGUAGAGCAGCAUGAACGCUGUGACGAGCACCCAUUACUCAAUGACUGCGGAGUUACAUUGACCAUAACCCCACCUGAUGAAACAGAUACUGACCAGAUUGAAACUGAAGAGACUACAACUAACGAGACUGCAACUGAAAAGACUGAAACUGACGAAACUACAACUGAGGAGACUGCAACAGACGAGACUGAUACUGACAAGACCGGAACUGACGAGACUAAAACUGACGAGACUGACGAGACUAAAACUGGCGGGACUGAGACCGACGAGACUGCAACUGGCGAGACUGCAACUGAUGAGAUUGAAACUGGCUCGACUGCAUCUGGUGAAACUCAAACUGACGAGACUGAAACUGACGAAACUGGAUCUGGUGAAACUCAAACUAACGAGACUACAUCUGGAGACACUCCAACCGACGAGACUAUAACUAAUGAAACUGCAUCAGGUGAGACUCACACUGACGAUACUCAAAUUGACGAGACUACAUCUAGUGUGACUCAAACUGACGAGACAACAUCUAGUGUGACUGAAACUGACGAGACUGAGACUGAAGUGAUUCAAACUGACAAAACUGAAACUGAUAAGACUCAGACUGACAAGACUGAAACUGAUAAAACUCAGACGGACGAGACUAAAACUGACAAGACAACAUCUGGUGAAACUAAAACGCAGGAGACUAGCACUCGGAAGACUCCAAGUGAGGGAACUGGGGAGAUUGGAACAAAAGAGCCUGCAAAAGUUGAGUGUCCGAAACCCGACGCGUUUUCAGUAGAGAAUCUCAGGGACAUAUCAUGCGAUGAAAUCGCAUCGAUCAGUCCACUUAUUAACAGUUGUGUUGACUUGAACUUCAUGCGAGCUGAGUGUAUCACGACGAACCUAUUAGCGAUACUGGCCGAAAGUGAUUUGAACGAGAACCACAAAGUUGCAAUGAAAGGCAAAUUAAAGGCAAAGAUAGAACAACUACAAGCGAGUGAAGAACCUACUGAUGAUAAUUUUCAUUUCGUUAAAGCUGCAUUUGCUUAUUUGGAUGAUGUUGAACUGAACGAUGUCUUCUUACGUGGGGUUUUGGCGUUUGUUACCGAAGAUCAUGAUUAUUGGGCUGAGAAAUUGCAGUUCAAAAUAGCUGCUUAUUUAAAAAGCAGCAGUUGCGAAAAUGCAGAAGAAAUGCGGGGUUGUGUAAAGGAAUUAAGACGAUUUAUGUGUCAUAUUUCUACGACAACGGCUGAGAAAGUGGACAACCUUCUUACUUGGGAUGAGGAAACAUUGAAGGAAAUUACUGACCCUUGUUUCCCAUCACUUUUGGAGAAUCGCAUAGCCCAAGUUAAGUUGGAGCUCAUUGGAGGGGUUGAGAAUCUAAAAGCGGAUGAUAUGACUGAUGAAACGCUUGUAAAAGGUGUACUACGUGUUUCUACAUUCGAAAGUCUUGCAAAUGUGGAUGUUAGUGUUGCUACUGCUCUGCUUGUAACUCUUAAACCAAAGAAAAUAGCAGCGGCUGAUAACUCGGAAUUAACUGGGUCUACAAGUAUAGCGUAUGUUGAAGAACCGAAAAGAGCUUCACCUGAGGAACUCGCCCUCACGCAAGUGCUAAUAGAGUCUACAGGUGGUAUUGAAAACUGUAAUGAAGAAGUCUUGGAUAUGUUGUUCCAAACAAAUCUAAGUCCCGAUGAGAUCGACAAAGCGCCUGCUGAUAUCAAAUGUAACAUGGAGAAACCAUACACAUCAAUGGACAAAAAGACGAUACCAACAUUUGUGAGAAGUUGUAUGAGAGUUUGGCAAAAAUUUGCUUUUGCAACAAUGGAGAAGUAUGGUAGGGGUGUAGUCGGAGUUACCAGGGAAGAUUUUGGGAAUAUUCCUAAUGACAAAAACAUAUGGGAUGUUAUGGGAUUUGUUAAACAAUAUGGAAACGAACUAGAUGAUAUCCAAAGGUCUGGCGUGAAAGAAGCAAUCCAACCAAGACUAGAUACAGGCAUAUCUAAAAUUGAAGAAAUCGAAAGUGUAAUUUGGUUGAAGACUUUAUUUGGAUCUGAUGAAUUAAAACAAUUUUCCCCAGAGGUUCAAAAGCAUGUUCUUAAAUCUGCGUUCCCAACAAACCACUGCUUCACACCAAGAGAUAAAGCUCGACAACUACUCGCAAUGAGUAUUCAGCUUGGUAUAUCCGUUUGUGAAAUGGAUACACAGGCUUUGUCGGUGAUGACAUCUGAUGACUUAGCAAUGCUGAUUAAACGUGACACCGAUGACUUGAAAAGAUGUAUAUUUCAAAUUGACAAACAUUCACAAAUACAGAACAUCCAGUCGGAUAUUUGUGGUUUUGUCAAGGAAAACUUUGGGUUGGCAUACAUACAGUAUUUUGAACCAAAAUAGUUUAACCCUUAUCCUUCCAUCCUUCAAUUUUGAUUAAAAUGGUGAAAGUGCAAUUUUGCCCCUUUCUGAAAGC